CCAAGCUCGUGGAAGCAGCCGGGGGCGGGUCUUCUUGCGUCUCACUACCUGCCGGCGGAAGUGCGGGGUCGGAAGUUGCGCGAUCUGCCUGCGCCGACUCUGAGCCGCGCGCAGCCACUGUGGUGCUCGGUGCUGUUAUGGCUUCUAGUGGGAUGGCAGUGAGCGCCUCCGGCUCGGUCAACGAGGCCCCCGAGGUUCCAGACAACGUGGGAGACUGGCUCCGCGGCGUCUAUCGCUUCGCCACCGAUCGGAACGAUUUCCGGAGGAACUUGAUCCUCAAUUUGGGACUCUUUGCUGCGGGAGUUUGGCUGGCCAGGAACUUGAGUGACAUUGAUUUGAUGGCACCUCAGCCAGGGGUGUAGCCAAAGAAUGGAAUUCCUGUGUACUCAAACUUCCCAAGACAGCCUACUGUCUAGGACUACCACAAGAUACUACCCCAAUGGCAGCUGAACUUCCACCCCUUGGGCAGCCCCCAGCUUCAGCUCAAAUAUUGACUCUGCACAGCUGUGUGUGCAUCCCUACAUUUCUGCAGAGGGUGAUCUUUGCCCCUGUCCCGAGGAGUAGUAAUGGUUCUUGAAAACAUUUCAAAUAAAGCCUGCACACAAAGA